UCUUCUUCUUUCAUUCUUCUCAGCUCAUUAUUAAACAUAAAACAUACAGAUAUAUCAUAUAUGUUUGUCUCGCUAAUCUGAAGAUUAACUCUUUACAAUGUCACCAUAUUUUUAGCUGCUUUCUCAAACAAGUCAAAACCAACUCCUUUUCUUUUAACACCUUCAUCCACUCCUCACACCAUGGCUUCCAAGACUAAAUCUUCUUUGUCGGAAACUCCUCCAAACAAAGCAUCACCGGCAACUCCCAGAGUUAAUAAACCAGUUGGCAGCAGGGGAAUCCCCAAAUCAGAUUCCGAUUCCCAUUCUCCUCUUCCAAAUUCUCGCCUUUCCAUCGAUCGCUCCCCGCGCUCCGUUCCCUCGAAAACCGCUGCCGUUGAUCGCCGUUCGCCCAGGAUCACCACCACCACCACCACCACCACACCAGAAAAACAACCGUCGCGAAUCCCCAAGGGUGGUUCGGAACUGCAGACACAGCUGAAUCUUGUUCAGGAAGAUCUGAAGAAAGCCAAGGAGCAUAUAAUUUUGGUUGAGAAGGAGAAGGCGAAAGCAAUCGACGAAUUGAAAGAAGCGCAAAAAGUUGCUGAGGAGACGAAUGAGAAGCUCAGAGAGGCUCUGGUGGCGCAAAAGCGCGCCGAGGAGAGUUCCGAGAUCGAGAAGUUCCGAGCCGUCGAGUUGGAGCAGGCGGGGAUUGAGGCAGCGCAGAAGAAGGAAGAGGAAUGGCAGAAGGAGAUUGAGUCUGUGAGGAACCAACAUGCUGUUGAUGUGGCUGCUCUUCUCUCUACGACUCAGGAGCUUCAGAGGCUGAAGCACGAAUUGGCCAUGACCUGCGAUGCGAAGAAUCAGGCAAUGAGUCACGCCGAUGAUGCGACUAAGAUUGCAGAGAUUCAAGCUGAGAAGGCGGAGAUUCUCUCUGCAGAGUUGGCCCGGUUGAAAGCCUUGCUCGACUCGAAGAUUGAGACGGAGACGAAUGAGAUCAACAAGACAGCGUUGAAGCUGAACUCAGAGAUAGAAUCCUUAAGACAACAACUCGAGGAGGCGAAAAUUCACGAGGAGAAAAUACUUUUGGAGAAAGAGGCAUGUAUUGAGCAGCUCAAUGUGGAGCUAGAGGCGGCGAAGAUGGCUGAAUCGUAUGCACGGAGUUUGGCAGAGGAGUGGAAGAUUAGGGUCGACGAAAUGGAGAGGCAGGUUGAGGAAGCGCGGAAGUUGGAAAUAUCAGUGUCGGAGUCGCUGGAUUCGGUGAUGAAACAAUUGGAAGGAAGCAAUGAUUUGUUACAUGAUGCUGAAGCUGAAAUUGCUGUUCUUAAAGAAAAGGUUGGUCUAUUGGAAAUCACAAUUGGAAGACAGAAAGGCGAUCUCGAGGAGUCGGAGCAUCAAAUUAGUAAUGCCAAGCAAGAAACUUCUGAAAUGGCCAAAAUCGUCGAGUCGCUGAAGGCGGAGCUUGAAAAUGUGAAGGAGGAAAAGAUACAGGCUUUGAACAACGAGAAGCUCGCUGCUUCGAGUGUUCAAACGCUAUUGGAAGAGAAGAACAAGCUCUUAAAUGAGUUGGAGAAUUCAAGGAAUGAAGAGGAGAAGAGCAAGAAGGCGAUGGAGAGCUUAGCCUCGGCAUUACAUGAAGUUUCUGCAGAAGCCAGGGAAGCGAAAGAAAAGCUUCUGUCAAGUGAAGUUGAGCAUGAAAACUACGAUUCACAAAUGGAAGAUCUGAAGUUGGUCUUGAAAGCAACCAAAGAGAAGUAUGAAGCCUUGUUUGAUGAAGCGAAACACGAAAUAGAUUGUCUAACGAGCGAAUCGGAGAAAACAAAGACUGACUUUGAAAAUUCCAAGGCUGAAUGGGAGGAAAAAGAGCUUCAUCUGGUGGAUUGCGUGAAGAAAUCAGAAGAGGAGAGUUCUUCCAUGGAAAAGGAAGUGAAUAGGCUGGUGAAUUUGCUGAAACGCGCUGAGGAAGAAGCGUGUGACAUGAAGGAGGAAGAGGUGCAAUUGAAGGACAGCCUGAAGGAAGUCGAAUCGGAGGCGAUCUACUUGCAGGAAGCCCUCGCAAAAUCGAAGGCUGAGACCAUGAAACUGAAGGAGAAUGUGUUGGACAAAGAGAAUGAGUUGCAGAGUUUGGUUCAAGAAAACGAGGAGCUUCGAGAAAAGGAGGCUGCUUCGCUCAAAAAAGUCGAAGAACUGAAAUCGAAGGCUGAGACCAUGAAACUGAAGGAGAAUGUGUUGGACAAAGAGAAUGAGUUGCAGAGUUUGGUUCAAGAAAAUGAGGAGCUUCGAGAAAAGGAGGCUGCUUCGCUCAAAAAAGUCGAAGAACUGUCAAAGGCGCUCGAAGAAGCCAUCACGGCAAAGAAGCAAAGCGAGGAAAAUGGCGAGGUGACAGACAGUGAAAAGGACUAUGACUUGCUUCCCAAGGUAGUCGAGUUUUCAGAAGAGAACGGACACGCGGGGGAAGAUAAAAAACCGAAUAGCAAAGAAGAACCGGCGAUAGUACUAAAUUCGCAGCAACAGAAGAAUGACUUUUCGAAUGAUGAAGCUGAUGAUGAGCAUUUGAACGGGAAGCCGUCAAAGGAAUUAGAUGAGAAGAAGGAGAAAGGAGACGAGGCAGUGGAAGAAGUGGAGUACAAGAUGUGGGAAAGCUGCAAGAUCGAAAAGGAGUUCUCGCCCGAGAGAGAAGGCACCGAGCAGGAGUCAUUUGAAGAGGACGUGGACACGAAAGCGGAGGUGGAGGCGGAGGGUGGGGAGAGCUUCGAUCAGAUAAAUGGAGUGUCUUCGACCGAGAACAAUGACGACGCCGGCGGAAAGAGCUCGCCUACAAAGCAGCAGCAACAGAAGAAGAAGAAGAAGCCUUUGCUUGGAAAAUUUGGAAGUUUACUUAAGAAGAAGGCACCCAACAACCAAAAAUAGAGAAAUGGUAAUACUGGAUAAAAUAUCAUUUUGGAGCUUAAAUGUGUUUGCCAUUUUUUUUUCUUUCGAUUUUCAGAAUAGGUCUAAAGUGAAAAGGGUUGUUGUAUCAUUCUCUAGCGCUUAUUAUUUUUAUUGCUUAUUGAUUCUCUCAUUUUCCAAUGUUGUAUGCGAGGAGGAUUAUAUAUCUUUUUUUUUUUGGUUUUUGUUCGUCUCAUUUAGAUCUUUGUGAAAAGGAGUGGUAACUUGAAAUUUUUUCUUUUUAUGGGGUUUUGAUCUUAUCUUAUCUUAUUAAUACAAAUGGGUAAACUCAUGGUUAUAUUUGAGCUUGCGGGUGCUGGAAAUAUGCCAAGAACUGGGA